AUGAACACGGAGGACGAAAACCUGGGACCCCUGGUCCGCCUUUGGGGCCUCCGGACGGAGCAGCUCCCGGCGCCGAGCGCCACGACGGCGGACUUGGCGCCGUUUCUCAUCGCCGUGCUCCAGGAAGCCGUUCCGUUCAUCGACGCCGUGGCGCCCAAGGACGGCACGGCGCGCCCCAGCGAGUGGAAGGCCAAGGGCACAAAGACGUUUCCCGAGUCAACGGCGCCCGUGGAGCUGUACGAGCGCAUCGUGCCCGCGGCGGAGUUGGAGAAGGAGGCAGCGAGGAAUCAGCUGCCCAACAGCAGGUCGAUCGCGAGCGAGACGUGGGCGUGCCGGCGUAGCAUCCACAAGGAUCGGCCGGGCAAGGGGACGGCAGCGUGGGAGGAGUUUGUCAAGUGUUUCAAGGACGACCACGUCGAGGCCGAGAAGGCGUUUACGCCCAACGUGAUGGAGGCGCGGGAGGCGCUCGCGUGGGAUUGCAGCGGUAUCGUCGUUGGCGAGGGCGGGUUGUCGUGGGAGGACUUCAAGGUCGGGGUGUCGGAGAUCAAGCACAAGCUCGGGAUGCCGCUCAAGAACCGCGUGUUCCCCGUGCUCAUCAUCUCGGCCAGGGCCAAGGGCGCUGUGGACGAGUUCGUCGUGGUAUCGAUACCCGUCUCGGACCUGGCUGCCUCGGAGCACGGGAAGCUCGUCAAGGAGAAGGGUGUCGUUGUGGGCGCGUACGUGAGCGUCGAGAGGGUUCGAAAGCUGCCGACGGGGGCUAUUGAGUGGAUUAUGGCCACGGCGUCGGACGCGAAGGGGGUGUUGCCUGCGUGGAUUCAGGCAAAGGCCGUCAUUGGCGUCGUAGCCAAGGACGUUGCGUUAUUUCUUGGCUGGAUUGCUGAGGAGCGGGAGAAGGGAACGAGCGUGGGGAAGUGGACUGCCGUCAAGGGGAACGGUGGAGGCGAAGUCCCCAACCGCAAGCCAUCCAUGACUUUGGAGGACGCCGAGUCGUCGAUGCAGGGCGGUCGCACUUCGAGGCAGGGUGUGUCUUCGAGGAAUGGGAAGGAGCCGGCGGCAGGAGGUACGAAUGGAGGAGGAUCGGGGACAAAUGGCCAGGCCCACGCAUGA